UAUAGAAUACCGAAUACGUAAGGGGGCGUCCACAAGUUACGUAAGCCUCGGUGCUGUGUGGAAGCCUGGACUAUAAGACUUUAUUUCGGUUCUGUUCCGCGUACGUGGUGACUUAUCAAGAUGAACACCAGAUCAGCCCAUGCGAAACAAGCGAGUUCGUCGGCUGUCCUCGAAUCGUCCGUGGACGGGACGCCGACGCCGCCGCCGGUUUCGGCGGACACGUCUCCAUGCGCUGCCGGCGCUGACGCCGCCCAGGUGCCCGCGGAGGACCCGCAGCCAGCUGGUGGUGCGGCUGCGGCCCCGGUCACCAUGACAACGGAUCAACUUCUAUUACUCAUAGACAGGUUGAGUCGCGGCGAGCCUGUAAGUACAUUACCAAUUUCUACUGGCAAUUUCGCCAAGUGCACGGCUCGUUUUAACGGAGAGAAUAACAGUAACGUUGAGGCGUUUAUCGAUGCAGUGGAAACUUAUAAAGAGUGUCUCCGUAUUGACGACCACAAUGCCCUACGUGGGUUGUCAAUGUUGCUGACGGGAUUGGCCGCUACUUGGUGGCAAGGAGUCAAGGACACUACGUUGUCGUGGCAAGCUGCUUUAGAGGCUCUAAAGCAAACUUUUGGACCUCGCUUGCCUCCUCACAAACUGUAUAGGAAAAUUUUUGAACGAGAGCAACGUGUAGACGAGUCUACAGAUUUGUUUAUUUGUCACGUUCGAGCACUUUUCGCCCAGCUCCCGCAGUUUACACUGACGGAAACGGUACAGCUGGAUAUGGCCUAUGGAUUGAUGCACCGUCGAAUUAGAGAGAAAGUCCCGCGUGCUAACUUUACUAGUUUCGCCGAGUUAUUGGCUCAAGCACGGCGGGGGGAAGAUAUUAUAGACGAGAGUAGGCCGCGUGUCAAUAUGGAUACGAAACCAGCGCCGUAUACUUCGGCGACGGCUCAGGCGGAGCCUAUUAUUACUACGAGGAAGUUUCGGCCUCAAUGCAAGUACUGUAAACAGUACGGCCACCUCAAGGAGGAUUGUCAGCGAAUUGCCAAGCAGGCAAAGACUAGAGAUGGUCCAGUUGAAGGAGCUUCGCGUUCCCCUGCGGUCACGUGUUUCGGGUGUGGGACACCCGGAGUUAUACGCUCGAACUGUCCAACGUGUAAGGAGAAAAAAUCGAGCGCGCCGCCCGUGCCAUCUAAGAGUACAUUUCAAUCGGUUUCCGCGAGUUGCGCUAAUAUUGAUUCGCGUGUGCGUCCGGUGUUGCGUGUACAAAUCUGUGGUGAAUUCGGUAAUUUAAUAGUAGACACUGGAGCUAAACAUUCCGUAGGAAGUGUUAGUCUAAGAGCCCACUUAUUUAAGCAUGGUUGUCAGUUCCAAAAUGUAUUUACUGAAUUAAAAUAUGCGGACGGUCGGACCUCUGCGCAAAAUGUUGAAAUAGCGCAUGUUAAUGUAACGGUGCGAGGCGUAGCGCGAGCGGUCGAUUUUAUUAUGUUGCCGGAUGCAACCGAGAGCCUGUUAGGUAUGAAUUUUAUAGAGGACAUUGGUAUGGUACUAGACUUCGAUCGUGGUGUAUGGUAUGUGAGACACGAUAGGUCGCCGGAGUCGAUUAUUUUUGAAACCAAGCCUUUACGGCCCCUUACCUGUUCGUCUGUGGGUCUUCGCGAUGACGAGGGAUCCCAUCUUUGUCUGGACGAAAGGGAACGUCUGUCGGACCUUCUGAAUAUCCACGAGGAUAUUUUUACUCCAGGGGGAGGACCGAGUGAUUUUGCCGUACAUCGUAUAGAUACGGGAGAUGCGGCGCCAAUUGCUAGUCCGCCGUAUCGCCCGGAUCCUACGAAGGUGGUAGCUGUGAUGAAUAUGAAGCCUCCUACGAACCUGAAAGAGUUAAAAACGUUUUUACAAACCUGCUCCUGGUUUCGGAAGUUCAUACCCCAGUUUUCUGAUCUAGCUCGUCCGUUGACGGAACUUACCAAGAAAGAUCGACGUUGGAUGUGGGGCGAGGACCAGCAAAGAGCCUUUGAUGAACUGAAGGUGCGCCUUUCAAACAGUCCCAUUCUUCGACAAGCAAGUUUUGAUGAGCCGUUUGUUUUGCGGACAGACGCCAGUGCCUAUGCUCUAGGAGCAGUAUUAUUGCAAGGCCCCUCUCAUCAUGAAGAGAGACCAAUUGAGUAUGCCAGCCGGCUGCUCACUGCGGCUGAACGAAAUUAUCAUACCACCGAGCGAGAAGCCUUGGCGGUCGUUUGGGCUUUGGAUAAAUUCCGAGGGUACCUCGAAGGAGCCCAAGUUCAUGUGGCUACCGACCACCAACCAUUAAGAUGGCUUUUGUCAUUAAAGACACCCAGUGGUAGAUUGGCCCGUUGGGCGAUGAAAAUUCAAUCGUUUGAUCUCCAAAUCAAUUAUACACCUGGUAGAGUUAAUCUGGUCGCCGACACUCUCAGUCGUCCAGUGACCAAUUUAGCUGAAGAAGCUAUUACGGGAUCUUGUGGUAUUUGUCCCGUAGUCGUCGAUUUGCCUCAAUGUAGUCCAGAAGACAUUCGAAAAGCUCAAUUGAAUGAUUCUGAGGUGAGCAAAGUUAUAGAAGAUUUUGAAAAUUCGGAUGACCCUGCAGCAGCUGUACGCUGGACUGACCGGGGCUAUUAUAUUGAACGAGGAGUCCUGUAUCGAUGUGAUCCGGACGGAGUGUCCGAGGAACCACAACUGGUAGUCCCAGAGUCGUUAAAGGCAGAGAUCAUGAAAGAACUCCAUGAUGCGCCCACUGCUGGACACUUAGGCUUGGAGCGUACGUUGCGAAAAAUUAAAGAAAAAUAUUAUUUUAGAAAUAUGAGGACUUAUGUAGCUCAAUACCUUAAAUCCUGUGACUUGUGCCAAAAGUACAAAGCGACGAAUUUAAAACCUGCUGGUCUGCUUCAGACACCCGUGCUCCAGCAGCGAUUCGAAGUGCUUGCGAUGGAUCUUUUCGGACCCCUUCCUGAAGCCGAAGGCGGAGAAAAGUGGGUUUUUCUCAUUGAAGAUACGGCGAGUCGGUGGAUUGAACUAUUUGCACUGUGUGAUGCUACAGCUGAGUCGUGUGCAAAGGUUUUGAUAGAAGAAGUCUUCCUGCGUUAUGGUUUACCUCGUCGAGUUAUCUCGGAUAAUGGUAGUCAGUUUGUCUCGGCAGUAAUGCAAAAGGCUAUGUUUGUGCUUGGAGUCCAACAGGCCCUAAUUCCUGUGUAUCAUCCGGAAGCAAACCCGGCGGAACGUAAGAAUCGAGAGCUGAAGCAGUUACUUGGUAUUCUGGUGGGACCAGAACAUCGCCAGUGGCCCACUGUACUACCGAAGGUUCGUUUUGCACUCAAUAGUGCCUAUAAUCAAGGAACGGGUCAGACUGCUGCAUAUCUUACCUUUGCUAGGGAGAUGCGCUCCCCUAUAACAGUCCACACGGACCUACGAGAUAUUGUGUCCCAACAAAAUUUCGUUCCCCAGAUUACGCCUUACCUGAAGGAGUUUGCGCGAAUUUUGCUUGAUGUUAAGCACCGGGUUGAAGAGCAACAAGAUCUUCGAAAGGCCAGUGGUGAUAGUAAGAGACGAGAGAGUCCUUCGUUUGCAGAAGGGGACCUGGUCCUCGUGGAUGCCCAUUUGAUGAGCAAUGCAGCCAAGGGGUUUACCAGUAAAUUUGCCCCAAAACGGGAAGGUCCCUAUCGUGUCGCUCAAUUAGUGAGUCCCACGUCAUUCAUUGUUGAGGAUGCGAACGGAGUUGUACGAGGCAAGUACCAUGCCAGCGCCCUCACACCGUAUGUUGGUCCAUCCACUGUCGUUGUACAUCAGCGCCGCCGUGGUCGUCCAGCCAAGUCACAGACGGGUCGUGCUUGUGACUUGGAGGGGGAGGCUAUAGCGCGAAGCACUAAGCAGGCGCCUCGCGCCACCCCUCGCACCGCAUCACCGGGGCCAAUCAUACCGCUGAGACGCUCGGGUCGCGAUCGACGACCAAUAACACGCUCCGAGUAUGAGUAUUAUCUGCGCGCGCAUGUUUAAACUGGAAGCGCGCGCGUCGGUGAUCGCGUCACGACAAUCGCGUUCGCGCCGUGCUAUGUGCAACACGUACAAGUCUCUCGCAGCCCGAAGCCGGUCAUAUGUAAUAAUAAUAGUUUGUAUAGUUUUCAUCAGUGUUGAACUCAUUGUAAAUGUUCAAU